AUGCCGCGGCCCGGGGCGCGGGCGGAGGAGGAGGAGCGGGAGGGCGCGGCGGCGGGGCCGGGGCCGGGGCCGGGGCGGGAGCCGGCGCGGCUGUGCGGCUACCUGCAGAAGCUGUCGGGCAAGGGCCCGCUGCGCGGCUACCGCAGCCGCUGGUUCGUGUUCGACGCGCGCCGCUGCUACCUCUACUACUUCAAGAGCCCGCAGGACGCGCUGCCCCUCGGCCACCUGGACAUCGCGGACGCCUGCUUCAGCUACGAGGGCCCCGACGACGCGGCCGAGCCCGGCGCCGAGCCGCCCGCGCACUUCCAGGUGCACAGCGCGGGCGCCGUCACGGUGCUCAAGGCCCCGAACCGCCAGCUCAUGACCUACUGGCUGCAGGAGCUCCAGCAGAAGCGGUGGGAAUACUGCACCAGCCUGGACGCGGUCGCCGGGGACAGCAGGGCCCCCCCGGCCCCAGGGGACUUCUCGCAGGGGCUCGUGGCCAGAGACACCCCAGAUGUAAUUUACCCGCACCCAGAUGCCUCCGCAGAAAAAGCCAGAAAUGUCCUCGCCGUGGAAACCGUCCCCGGAGAGCUGGGGCAAGCAGCUCACCAGCCAGCCGCAGGGCCCCCCAAUUCCAUUAAUUUCUCUUUCAAACAGUGGGGCACUGAGCUCAAAAAUUCAAUGUCGUCUUUCCGUCCUGGAAGAGGACACGGUGAGAGUCGCAAGAGCGUGUUUUAUACGAAUGAAGAGUGGGAGCUUUUAGACCCGAGCCCCAGGGACCUGGAGGAGUCGAUGGUGCAGGAAGAGAGGAGGAAGCAGGCGCCCGAAGGAAACAAAGGAGUAACUGGCUCAGGAUUUCCCUUUGAUUUUGGACGUUUUCCCUACAAAGGAAAGCGCCCUUUGAGAGACAUGAUCGGAUCAUACAAGAGCCGUCACGUGAGUGGGGACCCUUCCGCGGAGGGCGCCCAGGGCGGCGGCGGCGGCAGGCUGGCCUGCGAGACGCAGCUGCAGGUGCGGAGCCAGCAGGAGGAGCUGGAGCGGCUGAGGAAAGACCUGUCCAGUCAGAAGGAGCUCGUGCGGCUGCUGCAGCAGACGGUCCGCUCAUCGCAGUAUGACAAGUACUUCGCCGGCAGCCGGCUCGCCGAGGGGGUCCCCGGGGACGCGCUCGAGCUUCUGCACCGCAAGGACGACCAGAUCCUGGGCCUCAGCGGCCAGCUGGAGAGGCUCACCCUGGAGAGAGAGAGUCUGCAGCGAGAAGCGAGAGCGCUCAAGGGCAAGGUGGGCGAGCUCAGCGAGCAGCUGGGGAUGCUGGUGGAGACCAUCCAGGCCAAGGACGAGGUCAUCAUGAAGCUCUCGCACCAGCUCAGCGCCGGCGAGGACAGCGCGCCCUCUCCCACGGGUCUGCCCGGCUCCCCCGCCGCCGCCAGCAGGGAGCAGCUGGAGCUGGACAGGCUGAAAGACAGCCUCCAGGGGUAUAAAACCCAGAAUAAGUUUCUGAACAAGGAAAUUCUGGAGCUCUCGGCGCUGCGGAGAAAUGCAGAAAGGAGGGAACGGGAUCUGAUGGCCAAGUAUUCCAGCCUGGAAGCCAAGCUCUGCCAGAUAGAAAGCAAGUACCUGAUUCUGCUCCAAGAAAUGAAGACGCCCGUGUGCUCAGAGGACCAGGGCCCCUCCCGCGAGGUCAUAGCCCAGCUGCUGGAGGAUGCGCUGCAGGUCGAGGGCCCGGAGCAGCCAGAACAGGCGCUCGUGAAGCCUCACCUCGUCAGUGAGUAUGACAUCUACGGGUUCAGGACCGUCCCAGAGGAUGACGAGGAGGAGAAGCUGGUGGCCAAGGUCCGCGCGCUGGACCUGAAGACGCUGUACCUCACAGAAAACCAGGAAGUGUCCACCGGGGUCAAGUGGGAAAACUACUUUGCGAGCACGAUGAACAGAGAGAUGGCGUGCUCUCCGGAGCUGAAGAGCCUGAUACGGGCCGGCAUCCCGCACGAGCACCGCUCCAAGGUGUGGAAGUGGUGCGUGGACCUCCACACCAAGAAGUUCAGGGGCAGCGCCGAGCCCGGGUACUUCCAGACGCUGCUGCAGAAGGCGCUGGAGAAGCAGAACCCGGCCUCCAAGCAGAUCGAGCUGGACCUGCUGCGGACCCUGCCCAACAACAAGCAUUACGCGUGCCCCACCUCGGAGGGUGUGCAGAAGCUGCGCAACGUCCUGCUGGCCUUCUCCUGGCGGAACCCGGACAUCGGCUACUGCCAGGGUCUGAACAGGCUGGUGGCGGUGGCCCUCCUCUACCUGGAGCAAGAAGACGCCUUCUGGUGUCUGGUCACCAUAGUGGAGGUUUUCAUGCCCCGAGACUAUUACACGAAGACGCUGUUGGGAUCCCAGGUGGACCAGCGGGUGUUCAGAGACCUCCUGGGCGAGAAGCUCCCCCGCCUGCACAGCCACCUGGAACAGCACAAGGUCGACUACACGCUCAUCACGUUCAACUGGUUCCUGGUGGUGUUUGUGGACAGCGUCGUGAGUGACGUCCUCUUCAAGAUAUGGGACUCCUUCCUCUACGAGGGACCGAAGGUCAUUUUCCGCUUCGCGCUGGCACUUUUUAAAUACAAGGAGGAGGAGAUCCUGAAGUUGCAGGACUCCAUGUCCAUAUUCAAGUAUCUCCGCUACUUCACGCGCACUGUCCUCGAUGCCAGGAAGCUGAUCAGCAUCUCCUUCGGGGACCUAAACCCGUUCCCCCUGCGCCAGAUCCGGAACCGGCGUGCCUACCACCUGGAGAAGGUCCGACUGGAGCUGACGGAGCUGGAGGCCAUCCGGGAGGACUUCCUGCGAGAGCGGGACGCCAGCCCUGACAAGGGGGAGCUGCUCAGCGACGACGAGGACACCUGAGCGCCCGCCCCCGAUGCUGCUCUCGCCGCCGCAACCCACGUGUGCCAGAGGGCAACGCAGAGGUGCCUCUGCUCCUUUAAAAGCCCGAAUGUAGCGCCCGUGGUCCCUGGAGACCUGCCGGGCAGGCGCCCAGAGCCACACCGCACCCUCUGCUUUCCGCCUGCGGUGCGGCUUGGUCUGUUUACAGCCGUCUCCGUGCCGUGGCACGUGGCUGCGCGUGUCCCUGGCUCGCGUGGUUGGUGCGUUCCCGGGGGAACCGGCUGGAUGUUUUCCAGGCGCCGUUUACAGCACGCGUCCGUAGGGUUUGUCGUUGGCUCGCGCCCUCGGGAACCUGCCCCAGCAGCCCCUCUGCCGCGCUCGCCUGCGCCCAGUGCAGCCCAGGCCUCGGCUGAGCGGCCGCCCCGUGCCUCACACACUCCCGGGCCGCAGCGUGGCUGCUUUGGGGGCACAAGUUUAGUGAAAAGAGGCCUUAGAAAAGCAAGUGCCCCGCGCUCAGCCUCUAGAAACGCCCUCUGCGGCGGGCGGGCCGGCAGCGUCGCCCCAGCUCUGGAAUAGCGCCGGCUCCUCCGUGCCCGGCAUUUCCGGCAGUGAAGGGCCUGGGGCGCCGGCCGGGCCCGCCCGCCCCCGGCCCGCGCCCGGCCUGGCACAGACCUCCCGGAAGCCCCUUUCUGGCUGAAGGGAGGGGGCGGGGCAGUGGAGUGGCUUCUGGGUGACAGCCAGGGUCCCCUGCCCACGGGCACCCGGCACCCGCUCCGGCAGCGUCCUUGUCCCUCCCCGAGGCCACGCGCCCCUCGCCGUGGGCUCACACCGCCCAGGCCGCUCUGCAGCCGGAGGGCUCUCUGGAAGAGGCUUUGCCCGAGGAAGUCGACUUUUGCUUCCUUGCCCCGGGGACCGUCCCUGACGCGUACUCGUGAGACUGCUUCCUGGCACAGACUCCCUCAGGAAGGAAGGAGCUUCAGGUGGGAUUGUUACCCUCCCUGGAGAAACCGGAACCCGCCCCUAGCUGAUACGUGCCGGACGCGCCUGAGUGCUGAACCGGUGUGACUUGGAGAAGGGCCUGUCUCCCAGGAAGGGGCGCCCCGUCGUCCCCGCGUCGAGCAGUCGGCAUCUCCGCAGACUGACUUUCCGUCCAUAGGUUGUUUGACUUGGUUUGUCAGGUGUCACACAUGUUGCGACGUUGCUGUUUCCGGGAGUGGCUGGUAGCGUCCUUGUUUGCAGCCCCUUCCCAGGCCCGAGACCCCGCCCCAGCCCCCACGAGGCUGCCGGCCUGGGGGACAGCGGUGAGGGUGUGCAGCAGGAUCAGACUGCAGUCGAUUUUGCCGGGGCGGGGGCGGGGGCGGGGGGCGUGCUUGUAGGAAUAGGCUGGUUUUGUCUGUUUUGCCCAGAAAGAUGCAUCUCAAACACGCGUGGGUUGCGCCAGGGGCCCACUGUGCGGGGCCGGAGCUGUGGUUCUGGGAGUGGCCGGCUGUGCUGUGCUGGCGCCUCCGGACGGUUGUCCGUGGCAGGGGGCGAGCAAGAAAGCAGCGGGGGCGGGGGAACGGGCCUGGGACGCUGUCGUCUCCUUUGGUGUCCGGAGGGCAGGAGGGGACAGGAUGGGGCCUUCGCUCCAGAACCACAGCGCCUGGGGCCACCCUCUCCCGCCUCCUUCCCCGGGCCGACAGCGUUCGCACCAACCUGGGGACCCUGCCAGCUGGGCCUCGUGGUGGCGCUUCUCCCGAAGGCGUGUACCAUGGCCAAGGGGAGCCCUUAGCGCGCGGGGGCACCUGCCAGCUUGCACGUGAACGUCCUUGUUUCGUGGGUUGAACACGUUAAUACUUUUGUAUAUUUUUCACUACAGUUUAUAUUUUUAUAUUUUUAUCAAGGUUUUUCUAGAUUACGUACAUCUAUUUUAUACAAGUCCUUUGCGUACGCUCCCUGUAUUUGUGUGCAAGCCUGAGCACGGGGCUGCCCCCACUCCUGGGCCGCGGGCGCCCCCGCCCCUGGCUCACGCUGGCGCCGCUUCCCCGGUGACGGCUCCCUAGUUACUUGCGGGCACGCUGGUCUCUACCCCAUCGUGUCGAUAUAGGAAAUGUUCUAGGCGAACAGCCAGCACGUUUUCCUUUCCUAAACUUAAUGUGUGCAUUCUUGCACAAAUGCCCACCUCGGCUUUGUGCGUGGUCUUUGCAGGUGCCCUGGGCGGCUGGCCGGCCACAGGCAGCCUGUGGGCUGGAGACGGUGGGGGGCGGGGGGGGCGGGUGCCUUCCCCCGUCCCUACAGCUUCUGUGCUCAUCUUCCACUUAAACCUGGGGACAGUCCUACUAAGAAGCCAAAUAAACUACUAAUUUGUAUAACA